GCCGGCAUCAAUAACGACGACGAUUCGAUCAUUUCCAAUCUCCGCGCCUCCCACGCCGCCCUAUCCAACAUCGUCCGAUCCUCCAUCGCCGCCGCCCGAGAGCUUGACGCAGCCGACGGCCGAAUUUCAUGCCGGCAAGAAUUCCUCGCCGGCAUAACCGCCGCGAUCGCACCGCUUCAAUCUCAUGCACUCGCCACGAAAGCCUUGAACGUGCGAAUCAACCAGGCUGUUUCUCCGGCCAUAUCCUUUCUCCAAGCCUUUUCUCGAGCCAAACGGCUUGAACACCGCCUACUCGCUCUUUCCUCUGGAGACGGAGGCGACGAAGGCUGUAGCGCGGAUCAUACUAUGACAUAUGUGGACUGCGUCCAAAAGCUGAGCGCGGCGGUGGCGGAGGUGACGGCCGAGUGUGAGCCUGCGGUACAGAGGUUGCAGGACGCGGUGGAGUUCUUGGGAAGGACGAAGGCGACUGAUAAGCUGAGGCUGAGGCGGCUGAAAGAUGCGGCGGCGGCGUUGAGAGCGGUUUGUGAGGAGGAGGUGGAGCAGAUGAGGUAUGAGGGCCCACUUGACGAGGCCCUGCUUCGGCUUCAGGACGAAUACGAGGAGAUUCUACGGCGGCUGCGCCACCCGGAAGUCGGCGAGAGUGCCGGUUCCGGAGAAGGCGAGUCGGAACCGGACGGUAUGGAUCGGCUUGGGCAAGGAAUGGACGGUCCAGAUUGGCCGGCCCUGGGGUCGCCGGAGCAGAUCGAGGUGCUGCGCCGGAUCUUCGAGACCCUCACUUCCAAUGACUGCCUCGAUAUCUGCAUCGAUAUCUUCGUCAAGGUUCGCUAUCGCCAAGUAGCCAAAGCUCUGAUGCGGCUAAACCCGGAGUACCUGAAGACCUACGAACCAGAAGAUAUCGACCGCAUAGAAUGGGAAUCCCUCGAAUCCUCCAUCUCCCUAUGGAUCUGCCACCUCCGGGUCGCCGUUCACUCCGUUCUCGCCGCCGAAAAACAUCUCUCCCGCGCCGUCCUUUCAUCCGCCAUGGACGGCGCCGUCUGGCCCGAAUGCUUCGCCCAAAUCUCUGACCGCAUAAUGGCUGUUUUCCUCCGUUUCGGGGAAGGCGUCGCCCUCUCCUCCCCCGAGCCUCAAAAGCUUUUCCGCCUCCUCGAAAUGUUCUCCGCCGCCUCCCGCCUCCGCCCAGUUCUCUCGCUUCUGUUUGACGACGCUGCCCCCGAUAUCGCAGCAAGGUUCCGAGAGCUUCAGAAGAUGCUCGUCAACGCCGCAUCCCGUGCUUUCGCGACGCUUGAGAAUCUUCCCGACGCUUCCCCGCCGCCGAGCGACGCUUCCGUUCCGGGAGUGGUUCGGUAUGUGAUUAAUUAUCUGAAGUGUGUUGCCGACGGGAAAUAUGCGUCGGCGAUGGUGCACGUGCUCCGGACGGAGAGCUUAUGGAAAGCUGGGUUUUUGUCGCGGCCCGACCCGGACGAAGCACUGCUGGGGGAAUCUCUUGCCAGAGCGCUCGACGCGCUGCUUGCCAUUGUGGAGCUGAAGCGUGGGAGGUACAAGGACAGAGUGGCCUCUCAACUGUUCGCGAUGAACUCAUACUGGUACAUGUACAUGAGAACCCGAGGCUCGGAGCUGGCUCGUCUUGUAGGCGAGGAAGAGAUGAGAGAAAAGUACAAAGCUGCGGCGGAGGCGGCGGCCUACGCGUACCAGAAGGAGGCGUGGGGUCCAAUGUUGAGAAUGGUGCAGACCGACGUCGGAACGGAGAAAGGGGAGGCGGCGAGGGCGGUGGCGAGAGGAAAGGUUGAGGUUUUCGCAAGAGAGGUGGAGGAGAUCUUGACAAGGCAUAGAGCGGCGGGUUAUAAGGUUCCGGACAGGGAUUUGAGGGAACAGAUUAAAAAAGCUGUGAAGGAGAUGGUGGUGCCGGCUUAUGAGCGGUUCUUGCAUAGUUGCUCUACGGCGAUGCAGGGGCGGCCGGUUCUGACGCCGGAGGCUUUGAAGGAGUUGAUUGGGAGGCUGUUUGAAGGCAGUGGAGGAAGUGGCGGCGGCAACGCCGGGAGAGGGGAGGUUGGGGUGGGAGCGGCGGCGGAGGAAUUGGUGCCGUCGCCAGGAGGGGGGAGGUUGAGAAGAGAGAGGAGGAGGGUGGAGGGGCUUAGAGCUGGAGAGGGAAGUACAGAAUCGCUAUGAAGUUUUAAUCUCUUCUUUCGUUUAAUG